UAUAAUGAGUUUACGAUUACUUAAAAUAUAACAAUUAUUUUUUAGAUUCAACAAUUUCGAUUACGAUUGUUUUUAUGGAAAGUAUUCACGCGUAAUCGCGCGGUGAUACUCGACUAGAGUCGAGAGCGAUCGGAUCGACUCAGAGCGUUCGGCUAAUCAUCGGUAACGUUGUGCGCAAUCGUACGACGUUUCAUGCGGCAUUUCGUACGCGCUUGCGCGCUCAAUGCGUUGUAUUCGCGUUCGCGCUCGCGCUCGCGAGUCGCGGCACGCGAUCGGCGCGCACACAACGUCGCGCGACGUGUGUCGUGUGUGUCCAACGUGUAGGAUUGCGUUUCGACUCAUCCUGUCCUUUAUUUUGUUGUUUCCCUCCUUCAUUCUCCCUCUCUUCUUGUUUUUUCUUUUAUUUUUCCACUUUAACAAUUCGUACGAUUCUUUUGAUUUGUUCCUCUUGGAUCCUAUCUCCACCCACACCGGAAAUUCGCUCUCCCCACGGACGUUCUCUCGCGGCGCUAUUCGAAAGUGUUUUUCUUUUUUAUUAAUUAUCUUGUGCCGACGCACACGUGUUUGUGUGCCCAGUAUCUCUUUCUUUCUUUCUCUUUUUUAUACUUACAUACGUGUUUUUAUUUCUCUAUUUUUCUUUUUUCUUUCUUUUUUUUGCCUUUCUCUCUUGCUCUCUACACGUACAAGUAAAUGUUAUCUCUAUCUUCGUGAGAGAGAAGGCACUCAUGGGUUUCAGUCGCGCUAUUGGAAUGCACUUAAUCCGGUCGAGGCCUCUUACGAUGUGACAGGUAUUCCACCUGAUAACACGAUUUCAUCUACGACGUUCCACUGUUUCAGGGUUGAUACGCUCAUAACGACUAGAAUCUACCUGAGAGUCAUGCUAUUAUGGACAUCAGCAGCGGUAGUAACGGUAGCGGCACCAGUAGCAGCCACAGCAAUGGUGGUCCUGUGACGAUUACCGACGUUGGCAACAAUAAAAAUUGCCAACUAGCUAAACAACAACACGUUAAUAACGGACGUUUACAAAGCGUACGAAAAAUGAGCAUUAUGCCCGAGGAAGAGGAUGGUUCAGACGACCUCGAUCCGGAUGUCGUUAAAAGUGCCCAGCAACAGCAACAGCAACAGCAACAAUAUCAUCAUCAUCAUCUUCAUCAUCAUCAUCAUCAAAAUCAACAUAAUCACCUUACUCAUGGUCAUCAUCGAGAGUCGCAGCAAGACGUCGAUUCAGAUUCGCCGUGCGAGGAGAGGGGUCGGCUAUUGAGUUCCGCUGGCUCUUCCAGGAAGGCCAGGAUCAGCCAAGCCGGCAAGAUUCUGACUGGAUACGAUCCCGAAUUCAGAUUAGGUUCUAGCGGACAUAGCGGCAGUACCGACAGUGUCCACGACAAGUCCCAAAUAAGGCUUCAUCAAUCAAGACCGAUUAUAUCGAGUGAAGAAGGAAAAUCAGGACGAAGCAGUCGUGGGAUCGAUCAUCACGUUGCUCGUCAUCAUCGUUACCCCAGUAUGCGUUCGUUGAAAUCAAACGCCACAAUGGACGAACACCAUCAUCAUUACCAUCAACAUCAACCACCAGCUGCCAGCUGGGCUUCGAUCGUUUUCUCCGAUGCCAACGGCCAGGUUGGUCGUCCAUUCACCGAUUCCGUCUCCAUACGCUCUCUAGCAUCGAUCGGCAUGGGCUCUUCUGAUGGACGGAAGCUCACAAUACGUAGAGUUCCCACUUCGCCGUCGGAGCUCCUUAACUUGGUACAUCCGCCGCCUUCCAUUGAAGAUGAUCUAUCCACUUGUACAAGUUACGAUGAUGGCGAUGGCGACGAUCCUGGAGAUUAUCGACAACCCAGAAGACCACAUUGGGCUAAUAAAGUUCAAUUUGUCCUUGCUUGUAUCGGAUAUUCGGUUGGCCUAGGAAAUGUUUGGAGGUUUCCUUAUUUGUGCUACAAAAGUGGUGGUGGAGUAUUUCUGGUACCUUACUUCCUAAUACUUGUAGUUUGCGGAGUACCAUUAUUGUACAUGGAAUUAAGCAUAGGACAAUUUACAAGACGAGGGCCAAUCGGUGCUCUUGGUCAAAUAUGUCCGCUUCUCAAAGGGGCUGGACUGUCAUCAGUGGUGAUAUCUUUUCUAAUGUCGACCUAUCACAAUGUGAUCAUAGCAUACGCAAUAUAUUAUUUUUUCGCUGCAUUCAGAGCUCAUCAACCAUGGUCAGAUUGUAAUAAUUCGUGGAACACAGCAGCUUGUUGGUUACCAGCCAAUGGUAUCGUCGAUAAUCGAACUAGGCUCAAUGCAUCAAAGACACCUUCCGAAGAUUUUUUCGAUAACAAAGUUCUUCAGAUAAGUAAUGGUAUUGAGGAACCUGGAGUACUGAGAUGGGAACUGGUAGCUUGUCUGAUAACAGCCUGGAUCAUGGUAUACUUUUCGAUUUGGAAAUCAAUCAAAUCAUCGGCACAAGUAAGGUACCUCACGGCAACACUUCCUUUUCUUCUAAUUGUCGUCUUCCUUACACGCUCCCUCACCCUUGAAGGUGCCGACAAGGGUCUCCAAUUUUUCUUUCAUCCACGCUGGGAGCUACUUGGUGACGCGAAGGUAUGGGUCAAUGCCGCAGCACAAAUAUUCAACUCUGUGGGUAUUGCAUUCGGUUCAAUGAUCUGCUUUGCAAGUUAUAAUAAAUUUCAUAAUACUAUUUUGGUGGACACUGUAGCGGUUUCAUUGAUAAAUGCUUGUAGCAGUUUACUCGUUGGAAUUUUCUCGUUCGCAACAAUCGGAAACAUUGCACGAGAACAAAACAUGUCUGUCGAAGCAGUUCUCAGUGAUGGACCUGGCCUAGUAUUCGUCAUCUAUCCGCAAGCUCUAGCCAAGAUGCCAGCAUCUCAACUGUGGGCCGUAUUAUUUUUCUUUAUGAUGGUCUGUCUUUCGUUGAACAGUCAGUUUGCUAUAGUUGAAGUCGUAGUGACAUCGAUUCAAGACGGAUUUCCAAAUUGGGUUAAACGUCGUUUACUCUGCCACGAGAUGUUGGUACUUGUGAUAUGCGUAGUCUCUUUUCUCUUUGGACUGCCCAACAUCACACAGGGUGGUAUUUAUUUUUUCCAACUGAUAGAUCAUUAUGCUGCGUCUCUCUCGAUAAUGUUCUUAGCUUUCUUCGAAGUCAUUGCCAUAUCCUGGUGUUAUGGUGUUCGAAGAUUAUGUAAUAAUGUCAAGGAAAUGACUGGGAGAUUGCCUUCUAUGUAUUUUCGGUUUUGUUGGCUCGUGGCGGCACCACUUCUCAUAUUGGCUGUAUGGGUCUUUAGUUUGAUCGAUUACGAACCACCCACUUAUCGAAACGGUGAAUACGAAUAUCCCUGGUGGGCAGAAGCUAUCGGGUGGGGUAUAGCAUCACUUUCUUUGAUUUGCAUACCAGCUUUUGCUAUCUAUGUGUUUGUCAAAUCCGAAGGCAAUACUUUUUCCGAGAAACUGAAGAACUCUAUCAAGCCACACUUCGAAGCAUGCAAACUUUGCGGACAGGAAUAUUGUACGGAACCCAUGCACAAUCUCGAGGAAGAAACUACGAAGGAUCCUCAACAAGAUAUGAUUAAUCCAAUUCAACUAAACACGAAUUAUCUUAUCUCAAAGCCACAAUUAUGAUAUUCUGUAAACAUAUUUUUUUUUAAAUCAAUCUCAUGAAUCAUCAAAUUCACCAUAAUUGUUAUAUAUAUACAUGUAUAUCACUCAAUGAUGAUGCAUAAAUAUUUUCGAGGAAUGUUUAUCGAUCACACACGUUUCUACAUUCUUAUUAAAAUGCAUGCAUGGUUCGAAAAUGAACUAUUAAAAUCUUAGAUCAUCAAUAAUUCAUUUCUGUUCUCUUUUCAUCUUUUAAAUCGGAGAUAUAUACAAUUGAUUUUUUAGAUAAACAAAC